AGCGCCGCCGCUGCCAUGCGGCCCUGGGCGCUGGCGCUGCUGCUGGGCGCGCUGCGCACCGGCGGGGCCCCGGCCCCGGCCCCGGCCCGCAACGUGCUGCUCCUCCUGGCAGAUGACGGCGGCUUUGAGAGCGGCGCCUACAACAACUCAGCCAUCCGCACGCCCAACCUGGACGCGCUGGCCCGGCGCAGCGUGGUCUUCCAGAACGCCUUCACCCCCGUCAGCAGCUGCUCCCCCAGCCGGGCCAGCAUCCUGACCGGCUUACCCCAGCACCAGAAUGGGAUGUAUGGGCUGCACCAGGACGUCCACCACUUCAACUCCUUUGACAGCGUGCGGAGCCUGCCCCGGCUACUCAGCCAAGCACGCGUCCGGACAGGGAUAAUUGGGAAGAAGCAUGUCGGGCCCGAGGCUGUCUACCCCUUCGACUUCGCCUACACAGAGGAGAACAGUUCGGUCUUGCAGGUUGGGAGAAACAUCACUCGAAUCAAAGCCCUCGUCCGGCAGUUCCUGCAGAGCCAGGACGAGAGGCCUUUCUUCCUCUACGUCGCCUUCCACGACCCCCACCGCUGCGGGCACUCCCAGCCCCAAUACGGGGCCUUCUGUGAGAAAUUCGGCAAUGGAGAGAGCGGCAUGGGCUGGAUCCCAGACUGGAAACCACAGCUCUACCGCCCGGAGCAAGUGCAGGUCCCCUACUUUGUUCCAGACACGCCGGCUGCCCGGGCGGACCUGGCAGCCCAGUACACAACCAUUGGGCGCAUGGACCAAGGGAUCGGGCUGGUCCUGGAGGAGCUGCGGGGUGCCGGCUUCCACAACAGCACGCUGGUGAUCUACACCUCCGACAACGGCAUCCCCUUCCCCAGCGGCAGGACCAACCUCUACCGGUCAGGCACCGCCGAGCCCCUGCUGAUCUCCUCCCCCGAGCACACCGAGCGCUGGGGGCAGGUCAGCCAGGCCUUCGCCUCCCUCCUAGAUCUGACGCCGACCAUUUUGGACUGGUUCUCCAUCCCCUACCCUUCUUACAGCAUCUUUGGCAGGAAGCGGGUGCAGCUCACCGGAAAGUCUCUCCUGCCAGCACUGGAGUCGGAGCAGCCCUGGGCCACCGCCUUCAGCAGCCAGAGCCACCACGAGGUGACCAUGUACUACCCCAUGCGAGCCAUCCAGCACCAGCAGUUCCGCCUCAUUCACAACCUCAACUACAAGAUGCCCUUUCCCAUCGACCAGGACUUCUACAUCUCGCCCACUUUCCAAGACCUGCUCAACCGCACCAGGGCCAGGCAGCCAACCCACUGGAACAAGACCCUGCACCAGUACUACUACCGGGACCGCUGGGAGCUCUUUGACUGCAGCCGUGACCCCACCGAGAGCCAGAACCUGGCCCCCGACCCCCGCUACGCCGCUGUCUUCCAGCUGCUUCGCGCGCAGCUCUUGAAGUGGCAGUGGGACACGGGUGACCCCUGGGUGUGUGCCCCCGACGCUGUCCUGGAGGAGAAACUGAGUCCCCAGUGCCGGCCGCUGCACAACGAGCUGUGAGCCUCGGCUCUGCCUGGCGUCCCCCAUUGCCACGGGACAGCCAUGCGCUGCCUGUCGGGCAUGAGGAGGGCGGAGCAGGAUCCCGGCUGGGCCAGUCCCCAAUUCCUGGGUGACACCCCGAGGCUCUGCUGUCUGUAUUGCAAACGCCGCCUGGCCCUGGAGCAUUCAGGGAUCCUCUGUUCUCGG